UUCGUCUGAGUCCACCUCGUCUCCAAACUACGUCUGGUAAUCACUCUUUCACAAGAAACAGCGAAAGUCUCUCGUACAACAUCUCGAGUCUUGUAUCAUCGUUGGUUCUAAUACAGAGAUGCCCACAUUGGCAUCCAUACGACUGAGUCUCCGUACUCUAACUCCCCUUUCUGCCAUACCUAUGUUGAGGAUCUCUUUAGCUCCGACGGCUCAUAUCAAGUACCAUCGGCCUACUACUGCUGAGACUUUGGUUUCCCUAGCAACUCUCCCACUGCGAUUUCCAAGCGUCAAUAUUGAAUAUGAAUUUCUACUUAUAUACACAGAGCCCCAUACGGAUUCUUUCUUGCGGAAACUGCUAUGGCACCCUUCUUCAAGACUCGUGUGCACAUCCACAAUAUUCCAAGUCAUGAGCUCAUGUUACCUCAGAAUCGCUCUCGCCCACCCGAUCCUCCAUUCCCAUGCUUCGCAUCUUCUCUUCUUCGAUUGUGUCAACCAUUGGCUUUUAGCCAUAGUGGCAAGAUCUUGAGACCAUAACCCACAGGCGAGGCGAGCUUGAGAAUUAUUUGGUCUGGCUGAGCGGCCAAGCUUGGAACUGGGAUCUCGGACAGAAGAUGCAGAUAGGUGUCAACGCACUAUCGGAACUCUAAGUUGUCUAUAACAGUCGGUCUUGGAGGUAUU